UUGAUUAAUAGCUCUGCAAGGGGACCCACUGACUGUUAUAACAACACCACACCGGCAACUCCUGGGCUCUCAGCAGCGGGGACACAGACAGACGGGCAGGCAGGCGGGCAGGACAGGCAGGCAGGACAGUGAGUGGCCAACAUCUCUCUUUCAGUUGGAGCAAAGAGACAAACAAAAACUUGCUGGCUGGUUUUUAUUGGGAUUUUGGAUUUUUUUGGAAGGGGUGUUGUUUUAAGAGUAGGGGGGAAAAGACCGACGGAGGAACCCGGGGCUACCCCGUCACCAAAACGGCUUCUUUGGCAAUCCAGGUAGCAAGGGAGUUGGGUCUCCAGGUUGUGAGUUGGAGCAAAUGAUGACCGCCAAGGCCGUAGACAAAAUCCCAGUAACUCUCAGUGGCUUUGUGCACCAGCUGUCUGACAACAUCUACCCCGUGGAGGACAUCGCUGCCGCUGCAGCCACCUCGGUGUCUAUCUUUCCUAAUGCCCCCGGCGACCUAGGAGGACCCUUUGACCAGAUGAACGGGGUGACAGGAGAUGGCAUGAUCAACAUUGACAUGACUGGAGAAAAGAGGUCCCUGGAUCUGCCCUAUCCCAGCUUUGCUCCUGUCUCUGCCCCUCGGAACCAGACCUUCACUUACAUGGGAAAGUUCUCCAUCGACCCCCAGUACCCUGGUGCCAGCUGCUACCCAGAAGGCAUCAUCAACAUCGUGAGUGCAGGAAUUCUGCAGGGGGUGACGGCCCCAACCUCUACCACAGCCUCCUCCAGUGCCUCUUCUGCCUCUCCCAACCCACUGGCUGGGGGGCCUCUGGGUGUGUGCACCAUGUCCCAGACACAGUCUGACCUUGACCACCUCUACUCACCUCCACCUCCUCCUCCGUACUCAGGCUGCACGGGAGACCUUUACCAGGAUCCCUCAGCUUUCUUGCCUUCAGCCACGACUUCCACUGCCUCUUCUGCCCUUGCCUACCCACCACCCCCUUCCUAUCCCUCUCCCAAGCCUGCCACAGACCCAGGCCUCUUCCCCAUGAUCCCUGACUACCCAGGCUUCUUUCCACCUCAAUGCCAGCGGGACCUUCACGGGGCAGGUGGCCCAGACCGCAAGCCUUUCUCCUGCCCUCUGGAUUCUCUGAGGGUGCCACCACCCCUCACUCCACUCUCCACUAUCCGUAACUUUACUCUGGGAGGGCCCAGUGCUGGGGCAGCUGGACCUGGGGGCAGUAGUGGCAGUGAGGGUGGUCCCAGGCUCUCUGGCAGUGCCGCAGCCGCCGCUGCCUACAAUCCACACCACUUGCCCCUUCGGCCUAUACUUCGCCCACGAAAGUACCCGAACCGGCCUAGCAAGACUCCAGUUCACGAACGCCCGUACCCAUGCCCGGCCGAGGGCUGUGACCGGCGCUUCUCCAGGAGUGAUGAGUUGACUAGGCACAUCCGAAUCCACACCGGGCAUAAGCCCUUCCAGUGUCGGAUCUGUAUGCGGAACUUUAGCCGAAGUGACCACCUCACCACCCACAUCCGCACCCACACUGGCGAGAAGCCCUUUGCCUGUGACUACUGUGGCCGAAAGUUUGCCCGCAGUGAUGAACGCAAACGACACACCAAGAUCCAUCUCCGGCAGAAGGAGAGGAAGAGCAGUGCACCUUCAUCCUCAGGGCCAGGGACCUCUUCUACUUCCUCCUGCCCAGGGGGGACCCAAUCCGGGGGAGCCUUGUGCGGCAGCGGUGGCAGCAGCGCUCUGGGAGGGGGUCCUCUCACCUCUUGCGCCUCUCGGACCCGGACACCUUGAGUAGAGACUCUUGACCUGACCAGCUCCUGAGGGUCCGUGAGGCCCUUUUCCAAUCUGAGCUUCACCAACACUACCACUGGCUCCUCACCCCUCCCUUCAAAGCUGGAAGGGUCUGGGGGGUGGGGAUCCCAUCACUGCUCCUCCCUUUAAGCUGAGAAACAGGACCUGCCUGAAACUGGGCUCAUUUUGGUCUCUCUCAGCUGAGGUGACUCUGACCAAAAGGGUACAGGAAAGGCUCCCUGCUGGCCUGCAAGAAGCUGGGGUUCCCUUGGACUGGAGGUUCACUCCCUGCCCCCCACCCCUUACCCACUUUUGCUUUGAUGUAUCCAUGACAGCAUCUUAACUCUAGGCAUCGGAGUUGAUCUGGGACCCCAUUAAAAUAGGUCGGGAGAUGCUGAUGCCUUAGAGAAUCGGGGGUCAGCCCAAAGACCCAAACUGACGUGCACUUUAUCUAACUCGGUGGCUGCUUUAGGGGAAGUUGUAGAGUGAACCAAGCACAGACUCAAUGGAAUUCUGGGAGCCUUGGACCAGUGAACAGAGCUCAUCCAGUGUCAGCCGUUAAAGCAAUAUGUAAACUAACAUAGAGAACAGAAGUGCAAUCUGAUGAGAUAGACUUGGCAACUGAUGCUUUUUCAGUAGUUGGAAAUUGUAAAUAGCUAUUUUUUCAGUGUAUAUUCACUCAGAUAUUAGUGUAUUUUUUUUUAAUGUGCACUGUUCUACAAGAUCUGGACUUUGGGGAAAGAAAAAGGAAAGCAUUUAUGACCUAUUGAAACAAGAAGAUUCAGAGAAUAACUUAUUUAAAGGGAGAUGUAUAUAUAUAUUCUCUGAAACUAGGAUGCAUGCGAUUGUGUUGAUGUGUCCUCGGUGCCUUGUGUGAUGUAGACAAUGUUGCAGUGUCUGCAUGUAAAUGGGUUGCCUUAUUGAUUACUAAAAAAAAAUCACUCCCUGGUUUUAGUAUGCCUGUACAUUUCUGCCUAUUAAUAUUUGGAUUUUUUUUUAGAAACUAUAUUUUUGUACGCUGUUUUGUGACUUUAAAGUGUUACUUUUGGAGUAAAAUGUCAAAUAUGGAUGUAAAUAACAUUAGGAGAGCUGACUCCUUUGGUUAUGAGCUCUCUAUUGCUGUGGAGUUAUAAAUUGUUUAUCACCAUAAUGCACAGCCACUAACUGGAAUUCAGAUAAUGGAUGGUUUGUGAUCCUAGUGUAAAUAAAUACUUUUCAACAAUA